CGUUACUCGCGCUGAACAGACGUAAUCAAGACGUACAGCUGCUUAACAAAUUUUAUAUCACACAGAUAAAAAUGUCUUACGACGAAGAUUUCCAAAAAUGGAUCAAAAACAUAAUGUCAAAAAUCAUUGAAAGUUUUGGUCCAAACAUCGAUGAAGCUCGGUACGAGAUAACCGAGUCUAUCGAUAUUUUCAUGUCCACUAUACAUUAUGUGUGUGUGAAGUUUAAAAAUAGACUGACGAAUCAGAAUGAAGAACAUUCCAUAAUAUUAAAAAGACCUAGACAAUUAGAAAUGUGGACACAGAUGAUAGGAAGUGACCAGCAAUUUCGCAACGAAAUAUUGUUUUACCGGAUAUAUGUUGGAUCGGAUGAGAAUUUUCCGAGAUGUUUCUAUGCCGACGAGAAGCCACCUAUCGACUCAGUAAUUGCUUUGGAGAACAUCAGUAAACGUGGAUACUGUCCUUGUACAUACAAAUAUAACGCUCCAUUGGAAUACACAUUAGCGGCGAUGCGCGAGAUAGGACGCUUCCAUGGCAAAGGAUAUGUCAUGAAGGAAUUACAGAAAGAAAAGUUCUUCGAUAUUGUGAGACAGUUCCAAGGAACUAAGUACGAUAACUUAGAGGUUAAGUUUAUUAUCAAUUCUCAGGCAACGCGAGCAGUGGACUAUCUUCGCAGCCACAACCAUAACGCAGCUUUCUGUGACAAAAUGGAAGCUUUACUCUCGAAUGCAUUCAACGAAGUGAUAAACAAGAUUCUUAAACCAGUAGAACCUUUGGCCACAAUGUGUCACGGCGAUUUUACAUUGAGUAACAUGCUCUUCAAGAGAGACGAUGAUGGACAACAACGUGCGAUGCUGAUUGACUUUGCGAUAUGUAGCUAUUCGACUCCCGUCGUUGAUCUCUCUACGUAUAUUAGUUUGUGCUACAGGAAUGAAAUGAUGAAAGAUAAGUUUUUCGAUAUAAUGCGUGUUUAUCAUGACGCCUUGAAAGAUUAUCUGUUAGAGGCUGGCGUUUGGAAUGUCGAUAAGUACUCGUACGAUGUUUUCCUUGACGAUUACAAGAGAGGUAGUCUCUUCGGUUUCAUUAUUGCAUCUUUUUUUUUACCAAUAUCAAUGGGAUACGCCGAUGUAAAUGAACAAAUACUAGAAAUAGGUAUCAUAAAAUAUUGUAGGAGAUUAAAGCACAAAGGCGGAGAUGAAAUAUCUAAGAUCUUAGCUGAUAUGUUGUUACAUUUGAGGGAUCUUGGUUUCUUAAAAGACUUUUUAUAAUCACGUAAUGUUGCUUUUAUGUUAUAUUUAUGUAUGAUACAACAUAGUAUCAGCAUUAAUGCAUAUAAUAUCAAUAAAGUGUGUAGCAAUUACA